GAUUUCAUGAUCACGGAAGUAUAAGACAUUAUUUGCAUGUAUUGCGCUGAUUUAUGGUACUAUCAAUAUAACAUGAAACAGAUCUUGUUUCGGAUGACUCCAGUCUACCGCAAAUUGUUCAUUGCAUGUAAACACACAUGAGUCGGUUUGUGCAUCGAAAAUGGCGUCAAGAAUAAGAAAUUUGUUAUUUUCUGAAAUGACGAUCAUGAUAGCGAUUUUAAUUCUCUCAUGUGAAGUGACGAAUGCGGUAACCAGUGCAGGCGCAGCAACAAUGGACACCACUGAUUCCGAAACCACACAAGAUCUUGUUGUCACAACAAUAUAUGGCAGCCAAACGGACACAACAACCGAUAUUGUUUCUGCAAACGAACUUUCAAAUUCUCAGACCUUGUCAAGAAUAGGAACAAGUCCAUUGGUCUCUCAAGAUAUGGAGACAACGGAAGAAACAACUAGAGACACUGGCAACUUCACCGAUAGCAACCUAACAGCUGCAUCUACAACAGAUCAGACUUCUACAACUGACUUUGUGACCAACGUCACAUUGAACAGUAGUGAUGUUACCACAACCAUGGAUGCCGUCACAGACGCUACCACAGGUAUUGGGAUUAUAAACAGUACAGAUUUUAUAACCGAGUUUGUAAAUGUAACAGAGAUCGUUACAUAUUUCGAGACAGUUACAGAUGACGUAAAUAAUACUGACACUACCACAAAUAUCGCGACAAAUAUUGGCACGAUCGAUGCUACGCAAUUUAUUACUGACAUCGGAACUGUAUAUGCAACUGAAAUUAUGACAGAAGUUGUAACAGAAAUCGAGACUGAAAUUGUAACAAAAAUUGACAUCAACGCUACAGAAGUUGCGACUGAUGGUGGAACGAUAAACGUCACCGAUUUUGUCACAGAUUUUAUCACUGAAAUUCAUACAAUUAAUGUCACUGAAUUGGUCACCGAAGAAACGACAGAAUUCAGCACUAUCGAUGCUACAGAGAAUGUAACUCGUAUCGCAACGACAAAUGUCACUGAUAUCGUCACGGAGAUAGUGACAGUUAAUGCCACAGAAGUCAUCACAUCUAGCCUACCAAACGAAACUGACUAUGCUACUGAGUUGACUACAUUGGUAGAUCCUGUAUCGACGGACGCAUCUAUGACGACUCUUGAUGAGACUACACAUCAAAACCCUAUCAUUACCAGGAUAACUAUGGUAACUGAUGCCAUUAUGACUUCAUUGACCACUCUAUUCGCAACGGAUCAUCCAACCCUUGAAACGAGUGAAGCGAUGUCAACGGAGGACACUACUUCAUCAAAAUCCACGCCAGCGAAAGGAACAACGUUGUUUCCAACGACCACCACUACCGAUCCAACGACAACCCAAUUGUUUUCGACAGUGAUCACCACUGCAUCAGCUUCCACGCCAGCAAAAGAAACAACGCCCAUGUUAACGACUCCUUCAACAACCACCAAGAUUGAAUCCACAUCGGUGAUUCGGAUGACGACUGAAAGACGGAACAUCGAUGAUGAUCUGAAGGAACUUGAAGAGACCCCAGUUACCGAGGAGAAUGUGGAGGAAAUCUCUAAGGACCUUGCUGAACUCACCGAAGACUCCGAAGACAUGACGUCAGAUGGAGUGGAAACCACUGCUGAGAUCUUAGGAAACAUCACCGCGCUAAACUCAUCAGAACCUGAGGUAACUACCGCUGUUGUGGAAACCGUCAACAAUCUAAUGAAUGUUGAUGAAGCUCAACUAGAAGCAGCAGCUAAUGAAGGUGCUACUAACAUGGCCGUACAGUCUUUAGAAUCUCAGCUUCAAUUCGUCAAUGUUUCAGCUUCCAAUGGAACUUACACAGAUGUUCAACCAAACCUCGGAGUCCAGGUUAGUGAAUAUCCACCUGAAGAACUGACGGAAGGUCUGACUUUUGUGUAUGCGACCAACGAUCCGAGUGGAGAACUGUUGCCCGAACACAUGAUCGUCUACAAGGGCAAGAAUGACAGCUCGAGUACGACCAUGGAAACAAACCCGGUUCAAGCUCAACUCUUUCUACCACCAUCAAUCGGGAAGGCGAUCCGAGGCAACAACAACACUCGGGUAUCAUUCGUGCUUUAUCGGACAACUUCGCUGUUUCCUUCUCGGUCGUUGCUUGCCUCCAAUAAGGGCAAGCCAUAUAACCGAACAUCGAAUACUCGUAUCAUCUCUGCAUCCAUUGGUGGGAUUAAGAUCACAAACCUUUCUGAACCUGUCUUGACAUCAUACAUGCCAAUAACUGUUACAAACGAUACGAACACCUACAAUGAGACCCUUGUCGACGUAACCAACCCGGUAUGUGUAUUCUGGGACUUCGAUGCUGAUGACGGCUAUGGAAACUGGUCAACAGACGGAUGUCAGCUGGUAGGAAUGGACAAUGAUACUGGUGACGAGCUCCUAUGCCAGUGCAACCAUCUUACCAACUUCGCCGUCCUCAUGGACAUUUACGGAGGGUCGACAUUGGAUGAUAAGUGGACGUACAUCCUUGACGUUUUGAGUUAUGCCGGAUGCUCCCUCUCUAUAUUCUUCCUAUUUGUCACCAUCGUAACAUUUCUAUCCGUCAGAAAGUUGAGAAAUCCUCAGCCUAGUCGGAUUUUGAUGUGUCUCUGCAUAUCACUCCUGUGUCUUUACAUCUUCUUCAUCAUUCUCGCAUCACUCAAGACCGUUACCAUGACAACAUGUGGUAUCAUCGUAGGGUUUCUUCACUUCUCUCUCCUCUCUUCAAUCGCUUGGAUGGCUGUGGAAAGUUUCAAUAUGUACCUCAUGGUCAUCAAGAUUUUUGACCGAGGUGGCAUUCGAAAUUUCAUGAUAAAGGCAGCAGUCUUUACGUUAGGUGUACCAGCUGUAAUAGUGGGAUUGACUGGAGGAAUAGCUCAACGUGGCUAUAUGAGAUAUAAUGACGGAAUAUGUGGUUUCUUGGCGGAGAUUCCGAUGAUAGGUGGGGUCCUCGUUCCCAUAGCAACAGUCAUCAUAUACGAUUCUAUCAUCUUCGUCAUGGUGAUCCGUCGUCUAUCACGUAAGGUCGAAGGUAGACAGCUCACCAAACCUAUCUAUAAAGAGCGUAUUCGUCGUCUUCAGAAUGCUUCAGCUCUUAUCAUAUUGAUGGGGUUGACAUGGGCAAUAGGAUUCUUUACAGCCAUAGAGGGUGCAUCUGUAUCAAUCCAGAUAAUCUUCAUUAUCUUAAACUCGCUCCAAGGCUUUUUCCUGUUUCUCUUCUACUGUCUGCGUAACCCUGCUGCUCGUUCCCAAUGGAGAAAGAUACUUUGUUGUUGCCUGCCUCCUGUUGAAGAGACUACAAGCAUGGGAAAUAGUACUCAAUCUCGGUCCCGCUCCACAACGGACGAUCAGGACAAACCCGAGAAGAAGUGGUACCAUGUAUUGAUGGGUAAGACAGGCUCCUAUGACCUGUCUAGCGGAUGGAGGAAGAGAACGACUUCAUCAACAUUUGAGCUGUCAGCAGAAUCGACGACCACCUCCAAGGAACAGAGCUAUCGACAUAAUGACGACGAUGAUGAUGUCGAUGUCAGACAGAACACUUUUGAUGAUGAUGAAGACGGGAUCGAGGACGGUGUUGAAACUACUUUCGGACAUUCCGAAGCCGACAGACUUUGAAAGUUUAAACACUGAUGCGAUCAUGCACUGAAGCGACGGCAAUGGCAACAAAUGGAUAUUGUAAAACUGGUGAAGCCCCCCCCCCCCUAGCACCACCGUUUUGAAAACAUGAUGGUUAGAAGCUUUCAAACAAAAGAACAGGGCUUUAGUCUUCUUUUUUUUGGGGGGGGGGUGGGAGCAAGAGCAUAUGCGAAAAAGAGUAAUUUUUCACGAUUUUCCAAAACAUGUGUAGGCGUAAUCCUUUUCCCCGAAAUUUCAAUGUUUUCUGUGAAUGUGAACUCGGUAAGCCUAAACUAAGUUUGUCCUUGUAUUUAUGCUAAAAGAAGUUCGAUUUUGUGGAAACUUUUCUUGAAAGUAUGCAAAAUAGGGGGUCAUUUUCAACUCCAGCCACUGAAGAUCAUGCUACACAUAUUUUGAAUAUGAUCGUCGAAG